CACAACCCAUCUAUAAAACCACCUUUUAUCCUCAACUUUCUCACUACUACUACUACUACUACUGCUAAACACAACCUAGAGUUGUCUUGCUUCUUCAUAGAAAGAGAAUCUUUUGAGCUUUUUGAGGGGCUGCAAUGGAGGGUAAAGAAGAAGAUGUUAAGCUUGGAGCUAACAAGUUCCCAGAGAGGCAACCCAUUGGGACCUCAGCUCAGUCUGACAAAGACUACAAGGAGCCACCACCAGCACCACUCUUUGAGCCUGGCGAGCUCAAGUCAUGGUCUUUCUACAGAGCUGGUAUUGCAGAGUUUACGGCCACCUUUUUGUUCCUUUAUAUCUCUGUCUUGACUGUCAUGGGUGUCUUAAAGUCCAACACCAAGUGUGCCACUGUUGGUGUUCAGGGUAUUGCUUGGGCCUUUGGUGGUAUGAUCUUCGCCCUUGUUUACUGCACUGCUGGUAUCUCAGGAGGACACAUCAACCCAGCUGUGACUUUCGGUCUUUUUUUGGCUAGGAAGCUGUCCCUCACAAGGGCUGUUUUCUACAUGAUCAUGCAGUGUCUCGGUGCCAUCUGUGGUGCUGGUGUUGUUAAGGGAUUUGAAGGUUCUGGGAACUAUGAAAGGUUGGGUGGUGGAGCCAACGUUGUGAACCAUGGCUACACCAAGGGUGAUGGUCUUGGUGCUGAGAUUGUUGGCACCUUUGUUCUUGUCUACACUGUCUUCUCUGCAACUGAUGCCAAGAGAAAUGCCAGAGACUCUCACGUCCCUAUUUUGGCUCCUCUCCCAAUUGGGUUCGCAGUGUUCUUGGUCCACCUGGCCACCAUCCCCAUUACAGGAACUGGCAUCAACCCUGCCAGGAGUCUUGGAGCUGCCAUCAUCUUCGACAAAGAUCAUGCAUGGGAUGAUCAGUGGAUCUUCUGGGUUGGACCCUUCAUUGGAGCUGCACUUGCUGCUGUGUACCAUCAGAUAGUCAUCAGGGCUAUUCCCUUCAAGAGCAGGGCUUAAGUUUUAGUCCCAUCUUUUUUUUUUUUUUUAAAUAUUAUCUU